AUGCAACUGUUGGAAGCUUAAAGAGAAUUCGAUGAUAUGACAAAGGAGAUCAUGUUAAGGAGAAAGAAGUUGAUGUAGCAAUUUGAAAAAGGGAAAAAGAAAGUGCCAGAGAAGACUGAUGCAUCGAAAGCAGAGAAGUUUAAGAAUAUGGAUGAGCAUUCCAUUCCGUUAACAGAGUUAGAAAAAAGGUUGGAAACAUCAGUCAAAAAUGGGUUGAGCAAGAGCCAGAUUGAUGCAAAAUUGCAACUGCAUGGAAAGAAUGUUCUCUCCUCAAGAGAAAAAACUCCAUGGUAUAUGAAAUUACUUCAUGAAUUAACAAAUGUAUUUGCUUUGUUAAUUUGGGCUGGUGCCUUACUGUGCUUCAUCGCUUAUGGUCUUUCACCAGAUGACCCUUCAAAUCUUUACUUAGGAAUAGUUUUAAUUGUAGUUGUUGUUGUUACCGCAGUAAUCACUUUCUUCUAGAAUCAGAAGUCAGAAGCCAUUAUGGAAGCCUUCAAGAAUUUCAUACCUCCAGAAACUUUAGUAAUCCGAGAUGGCGAAUAACAAAAGCUCUAAGCAACAGAAUUAGUGCCGGGAGAUGUUGUCGUGGUUGAAUUUGGAAAACGUAUUCCUGCUGAUAUCAGAGUAAUUGAGAGCAACGAAAUGAAGGUCGACAAUUCUAGUUUAACUGGAGAAUCUAUGUUACUCUUAAGAACACCUGAAUGCUCUCAUCCACAGAAUCCAUUGGAAACUAAAAAUUUAGCUUUCUUUGGAACAUUAUGCAAAGAAGGUAACGGUAAAGGGAUUGUAUUAUUUACAGGGGAUAAGACAGUUAUCGGAUAAAUUGCAGGAUUGGUAGAAAGCUCUGAAAGUGAUGAGACUCCAUUAAAAAAAGAGUUGAAUGCCUUUAUUACCUAUAUUGCAUACAUCGCCAUUUCUAUAGGAGUAGUAUUCUUUGUGCUUGGAUUUGCAGUCGGAUAUCCUGCCGUUACUAAUCUCAUAUUUGCUAUCGGUAUCAUAGUUGCAAAUGUUCCAGAGGGUCUUUUGGCCACCGUUGUCGUUGCCUUGACAUUAACAGCAAAGAAGUUGGCAGGAUUGAAGGUCUUGGUAAAAAAUUUAGAAGGUGUCGAAACUUUGGGUUCUACAUCUUGUGUUUGUUCCGAUAAAACAGGCACAUUAACUUAGAACAAGAUGACUGUUGAGAAUAUAUGGUACAAUGGUAAGAAGUUGAGAGGACAUAGUAGAGAGAAAAUGGGUCCAGAUUUUAAAUACGAAUAUGAUCUCAAAGACCCUGGAUUUUAGCUGCUUCAUGAAACAGCUAUCAUCUGUUCUGAGGCCGUCUUUGAUAGCAGUUUACCAUAGGAAUAGCAAAUUAAAAUACAAAAUUUGAUUGGAUUAACCUAAGAAUAAAAGGAUGUUAAAAUGGAAGAAGCUAAGGCAAAAUGGAAAGCAGCAUAUGACAAAUUGCCGUGUUAAGAAAAGCCAACAGUAGGAGAUGCCUCUGAAACAGCUCUCAUUAAAUUCUUCCAGCCUAUUAAGGAUAUUCUCCAAACUAGAAAUUCAAGGAAUGUGGCUAGAGAUCAUAAUAUGAAAUAAGCAAGAAAGCCUUUUAACUCAACCAAUAAAUAUGCUUUUAUAAUAGUCGAAUAUGAAACCGAGAAUUCACAUUACUGUUUGUUAACAAAAGGAGCUCCUGAAAGGAUUUGGGGAUUAUGUGAUACAGUAUAUAAUAAUGGAAAAGUUGAGGUGAAGGAUGACAAAUGGGAGAAAGGUUUUGAUUAAGUGAAUGCCCAAUUUGGUAAAUAGGGUGAAAGAGUGUUGGGCUUUGCUAGACUUCACUUACCUAAAGAAUAAUUCCCAUUAGGAUAUCAUUUCAACUUAGAUAAAAUGAAUUUCCCAUUUAGUAAGUAAGUGUUUGUUGGAUUGAUUUCUUUGAUUGAUCCACCUAAAGAUAAUGUGCCACAUGCUGUUUAGAAGUGUAAAUCAGCUGGUAUUUAAGUAAUUAUGGUUACUGGAGAUUAGCCAGUUACAGCAGCUGCCAUAGCUAGACAAUGCAAUAUCAUCACAGAGAAAACAGUAAAUGAAAUAAUGGAAGAAAAGAACAUCUCCUUUGAAGAAGCAUUUCAUUAAUCAAAUGCAUUGGUAAUUCAUGGAGAUAGACUAACUAAAAUGGCAAUUGAUGAUGAAGGAUUACCAGAAGAUGAGAAAGGCAGAUAACUCUAAGAAUGGUUAAGUAAACCCCAAUUAGUGUUUGCUAGAACCAGUCCUGCAUAAAAAUUAAUUAUUGUCGCUGGUUGUCAAAGAAGAGGCCAUAUCGUAGCAGUUACAGGAGAUGGUGUCAAUGACAGUCCUGCAAUCAAGAAAGCAGACAUUGGAAUUGCCAUGGGUAUUACAGGAUCUGAUGUUGCUAAAGAUGCUGCUGAUAUGAUUUUAUUGAAUGAUGAUUUCUCUAGUAUUGUUGUUGGUAUUGAAGAAGGAAGAAAGAUAUUUGAUAACUUCAAAAAGUGCAUUGUUUAUUGUUUGACAUCCAAUAUUGCCGAAUUGGUUCCAUUUUUAGGAUUUAUCAUUUUCAGAUUGCCUUUGCCAUUAACUACUGUGCUGGUCUUGUGCAUAGAAGUAGGUACUGAUGUCUUUCCAUCCAUGGUGUUUGUCUUUGAAGAUGCUGAUCUGGAUGUUAUGACAAGAAGGCCAAGAACUAAGAAUGAACAUUUAGUGGGUGGACAACUGUUGUGGUUCGCCUAUACUUAAAAUGGUAUAUUGGAAACCUUCUGUGGAUUCUUCUAAUGGUAUGUGACACUUAAUGACUUUGGGUUUACUCCUACUACUCUCUAUUUCAUCUCAAAUAAGUAAGGAGUACUACCUAAAGCGGAUGAUAUCUACGAUCCAAACGAUCCCUGGUUUGGUAAUUCCAAUCUUAAGGAGAAUUACAAGGAUGGCACAUGCACUGGAACAGAUUUGGAUGGAUAUGAAGAUAUUGAUUGGGUUUAUGCUAAUCAUGGUAAAUAUGAUCUCAGAAUGGCUUAUCUUAAAUGUGAAGAUGGUAAAAUUGUAACUAACAUCGAAUUUGGGGAUUGUCAUGUUGAUUUGGUAUCUCCAGUCACUAAGAAGCCUUAUUGUUAUCAUACAGAAGCUUCAAGCUAUGCAUAAACUUCAUUCUUCUUUGCAGUUGUUGCCGGUCAAAUAUGCAACUAUCAAGCCUUGAGACAACUGAAAAGUGCUGGCUUCUUCACAGGAUUCCACAAUUACUUCAUGAUCUUAGCCUAUUUUGUCGAAUUCUUAUUGACUUGGAGUUUGGCAUAUCUAGAAGCAUUCAAUACUGUCUUUGGAACAAGGGACAUCAUAUUUAUACAUUAUGGUAUUUGUGCCUUACCUUACGGAAUGGUGAUGAUUAUUUGGAAUGAAGGAAGGAAAUUCUGUAUUCGUCACUUCAAAUCAAAAACAGCCUUGCCAAGUUGGUGGGAUAGAUGCGUAGUAUAUUGA